CGUACGCAUGACAGCUCGGGAGAAGGGUGUCGAUGAGCGUAAGACCUCAUUUUGGAAUAUUUCUUUGCGUUUUACACCAAUUUAUUCUGUAUUUUGUGGCCCUACUUCACAGUUUGUGUGGUGCGAUGACAAGACAGCUGUCGUACACUAGUUUUCCAAAGAGGCGUCACGGGACGCGUCUCAAAUAAUUCACUUGGACUGAAGCGCACUGCGCUGUGGCGCACCCUGCUCGCUGCCUCCGUGAACUUCCUCUGUUGCUUUUGACGAUAUUUUGAACACUGUAUCACACCUCAUUCAGCUGUUAACAAACCAAUUUUUUGACAUCCCGAAGCGUUCCAGAAAAUCAUGGAAACUAACCCUAUACCCAUUUUGACUAUCCAAACUACCCCCUUCGAUGACCAGAGACCAGGGACAAAUGGGCUGCGAAAGAAGACAGCGGUUUUCGAAAGUAAAAAGAACUAUCUGCAAAAUUACAUCCAAAGCUUGCUGUCCUCCAUCGACUUGAGGGACCGUCAGGGAUGCACUAUGGUGGUGGGCAGCGAUGGAAGAUACUUCAGCCGGGCUGCAACUGAAGUCAUCGUUCAAAUGACAGCUGCCAAUGGGAUUGGACGUCUGGUCAUUGGACACAACGGGAUCCUGUCCACCCCAGCGGUCUCCUGCAUCAUCAGGAAGAUAAAAGCCAUUGGUGGGAUCAUUCUCACUGCAAGCCACAGUCCAGGAGGCCCAGGAGGAGACUUUGGGAUCAAAUUUAAUGUUGCUAAUGGAGGACCAUCUCCAGACACAGUGAUGGAGAGGAUCCAUCAGGUGAGUCGCACACUAGAGGAAUACGCCAUCUGCCCUGACCUCCACAUCGACCUGUCCCGCCUUGGCCGUCAUGACUUUGACUUGGAGAACAAGUUUAAGCCAUUCAGAGUUGAGAUUGUGGAUUCAGUUGAGAUCUAUCUAAACAUGUUGCGAGGAAUUUUUGACUUUGGUGCCAUCAAGAGCUUGCUGACAGGUCCAAAACAACUGAAGAUCCGAAUAGAUGCCAUGAAUGGAGUUAUGGGACCAUAUGUCAGAAGAAUCUUAUGUGAUGAGCUCGGGGCUCCAGCUAAUUCUGCUGUUAACUGUGUCCCUCUGGAGGACUUUGGAGGCCAACACCCCAACCCUAACCCUGCAUUCGCUGCACCUCUGGUGGACUCCAUGAAGGGGGGAGAGUUUGGCUUUGGGGCUGCUUUUGAUGCAGAUGGGGAUCGUUACAUGAUUAUCGGUGAGAAUGGAUUCUUUGUGAGCCCGUCAGAUUCACUGGCAGUGAUGGCUGCAAACCUCUCCUGCAUCCCUUACUUCAGUCAGAGAGGAAUCAGAGGUUUUGCCCGCAGUAUGCCAACCAGCACAGCCAUUGACAGGGUUGCUAAGGCUAUGAAGGUGGCGCUUUAUGAAACUCCCACAGGCUGGAGAUUCUUUGGCAACCUGAUGGAUUCUGGGAGGUGUUCAUUCUGUGGAGAGGAGAGCUUUGGAACAGGUUCAGACCACAUCCGCGAUAAAGACGGCCUGUGGUCAGUUCUGGUAUGGUUGUCCAUCAUGGCAGUGCGAAAGCAGGGGGUGGAGGAAAUAGUGAGAGAUCACUGGGCCAAAAUGGGACGCAACUACUUCUGCAGGUUUGACUAUGAAGGGGUGGACGGCAGGGCAGCGUAUUACCUCAUGAGAGAUCUGGAAGCUGUUAUCACUGAUAAAGCGUUUACCACUCAGAAGUUUUCUGUGGGUAAUAACAUCUACAGUGUGGAGAAGGCUGAUAAUUUUGAGUACAUUGACCCAGUGGACGGCAGUGUGUCCAGGAAACAGGGCCUAAGGAUCAUCUUCACAGACUCAUCCCGAAUCAUCUUCCGGCUCAGUGGUUCUGGUGCUGGAACCGGGGCCACUGUUCGUAUCUACGCAGAGAGCUACGAGAGAGACCCAGAGAGACACAACAGAGAGACUCAGGUUGUGCUGGGUCCUCUCAUUGCCAUUGCUCUAAAAAUCUCCAACAUCCAUGAACGAACUGAACACAGAGGCCCCAACGUGAUCACCUGAGACCAAUCCAGCACCGUACACCAGGGGCCAAAAUCACUUUCCUCACUCAUCUGAUCCUUUUUUUUAUUUGUGCCUUUCACCCUCAACACCACAAAGAAUGUGCCAACUAUUCAUUUUGCUGCUCUUUAAUCAUUUCUCUCCUCGUUUUCCAUACUUCCUCUCUCAGUCUAACUUGUUUUUCUUCUUCAUUUGUCUUUUCAAGGGCCCCUGUAUUAUUUGCUUUUCCUUUGCACAUGUAUAAACUCAUGUAAACCACUAAAAAAUCCAAAGGGAGCAAAGCGUUUCUUCAUGUUCAUGCAAACGCUCCUUUACCGUGUUUAAUUCAAUGAGAAUGAUGUUAGAAACAGAACAUAUGUAGACCACUUUGUGUUUCGAUUCAGAUGCAUGGGGUCUAAACCCUAAACCUUGUGAAUUUGGUAACUGUGUGCUUUUGUUUACAAUGUAGCUGUUACAAAGAAACAUAUUCAAAACAACCAAUGAAAAGAGGGAGCAGUGCUGUUCAAUAUUGACUUAUUUCUGUAGAAUUCACAUUAGAAACGCAUCAUAUUCUGUGCAACAGCUAGAGCUGAGCUCAUGUCCGAGAAUGAACCACUAAAAUAAUAAUAAGGAUAAGGAUUGUCUUGAAAAAGGCUCCUAAAUUCCUACAUCCAGUCUUGUAAUUGCUAACACUGGUUUUGAUUUGCAAUUUUUUGAUCACUUCCUGAAAUGUGCAGCAAAUGAACUUUGUGAAUCAAUGUAUGAAAUGAGUUAAAGGAAAGUGUUCUCUUUUGGCUAACAGUUGGUCAGCUUAAAUAAUGCUUAGUAAUUACUUUUUUUUUUUUUAAAUCCUGCAUGAAUCAGUUUGUUUAAUGUCAGAUGGAUUAUGUGCAUUCCGUUGUUUGAUAAGAAACAUGCCUCUAAGUUUAUUAUUAUUUAUAUUAUUAUUAUAUAACACUUCUGACAUUUACAAUACAUUUCUCUGAGCCAGUGUUUAAGAUAUGUGCAAGGAUUUUUGAAAAUUCUGCUGUUCUUAAAAGUCCCUUAUAAACCCUGUACAAAUUACAACAACUCCAAGGUGAAAACAAAUGCUCCCUCUUAAAUAGUACUUUGAUGAAAGAAAUGACUAAAACUAAAUAAAUACAAUGGCCUUAGCUGUAUUUUAAUUUUGUAUCCUAAAAAUUGCAUAAAUAAACUUUAUCUUUUGUGU